AUGCGCUCCACUGUGGUCGCCCUCACCCAGGCUGCCAUGCACCAUGUAACCACAACUCCCCGUUCCCAUGUUCCCCCACCCACCCCUGCCCCUGAUGCAUAUGGCUACACGCCAAAUGUCAGUCUCUCCCUCCCGCUGGGCAACCCCUGUCUUCCGUCACAGUACCACAGCCUCCAGUCCAGCCCUGUCAUAUCUGUGUCUGUCCCCGAGCCACACGGUUAUGACACCCAGGAUGACAUGAGGGCCGCCGGCUAUUACUCGUCCCCAAGCACCCGCCCAAACGGAGCACCGACCCUGGAGAGCCCUCGUAUCGAGAUCACAGCAUAUGGUCAGUUUCCUGAGGACGCGGUGGAGGAGAGCAGCCUUCCUGUUGCUAAGCGAGUCAACUCCAUAGUGACACUGACCCUUCCCAGUGGAGAAAGUUAUCGCGACCCCAGCUGCCUAAGUCCGGCCAGCAGCAUCUCGUCUCGCAGCUGCCACUCUGACGCUUCCUAUGAAUCCAGCUUCUCCUACAACUAUGACAACUCGCCCCAGAACUCCCCGUGGCAGUCUCCCUCCGUGUCCCCCAAGGGCUCCACCCUCACCCUGCCGGGUGAUGGCUGUGCCUCUGGAGGCUCCCCCUCCACCUCUCCCCGCACAAGUAUAACAGAUGACACCUGGAUGGGUCAGCGUGGCUCCAGACCCAACUCCCCUUGUGGUGCAAAGAGGAAGUACAGCUUGAACGGCAGCAGGGCGCCGCACAAGCCCUACCCCUACUCGCCCAACCACUCCCCUGGACUGUCUCCACAGACCUCCCCUCGCCUCAGUGUCACAGAGGAAACCUGGCUUCCAAACACCAACCAGUACACCAAUUCAGCCAUCCUGGCGGCCAUUAACGCCUUGACCACAGACGGAGUGGUUGACCUCGGGGAGGGGAUCCCCAUGAAGGCCAGGAAAACCAGCCUGGAGCACAGCCCCACGGUCAGCCUGAAGGUGGAGCCAGGGAGCGAGGAGCUGAGUCCGGGACAUCUUUGCGAUGACGAGCACUCGUCCAACCGCAUGUUGUUAAAGAAGGAAAGCUACUGUGGCGGGUUUCUGGACGUGCCACAGCAUCCGUAUUCCUGGUCCAAGCCAAAGCAAUAUGUAAG